AUGGUGAUGAGGGAAUUGAUUGCACAAUGGGUGCUUAUGCAUGAGCACCCAUUUACCAUUGUGGAAGAGGAGCGUUUGAACAAUAUGUUGAAAUAUGGGAUUCCAGGAUGGUCAAGGGUUUCACGCAAUACAUGUAAAAAUGAUUAUGCGAAGGUGUAUGAAAUGGAGAAACAAAAGUUGAAGACAUUGCUAAAAGGUGUAAGGAGGAUUAGUUUGACCAUAGAUUUGUGGAAUUCUGACAACCAAAAGUUGGAGUAUAUGGUUUUGACAGGGCAUUGGAUAGAUGAUAAUUGGAAGUUGAACAAAUGGGUUUUUAACUUUUUUCGUUUACCUACUCCAAAAGGUGGUGUGCAGAUUGCUGAUGCAAUUUACAAAUAUUUGGCAGAAUGGGAGAUUGAAGACAAGGUCCAAACGAUAUCAGUGGACAAUGCUAGUAGUAAUGAUGUGGCAAUUAGGGCAUUGAAGCAAAAUUUUACAAUAACAAGGAGAAUCAUCGACAAGAUCCAUGAGAGUGUGGUAUACAUUAAUGGUUCAGAGGGUAGGCUGAAGGUUUUUGCAGAGAUUGUGCAACAAUUGCGUUUGCCGUGUCGAAAACUUAUCCUUGAUUGUAAAACAAGGUGGAAUUCAACUUAUGACAUGUUGGAAAUUGCAAUUAAGUUUAAAGAAGUAUUUCCAAGAUACAAAGAAAGGGAUAAGGGUUACAAACAUUGUCCAGAUAAAGAAGAUUGGGUGAAAGUAGAGAAAGUCUGUGAGAUUCUAAGGGUUUUUAGUACAAUGACCAAUAUCAUCUCAGGGAGUAAUUAUCCAACAUCAAAUGUACUUCUAAGGUACAAAAUUAGGGUGAUUGAGUUUUCUUUCCCUAAGAUGUAUUCUGACGUUGAGGCACGGGCAAAUGCUACAACUGUUUGGGAUACUUUGUAUGAGGUAUAUGGGGAAUAUGCUAAUGAUUAUGAGUUUGAAACUAUUGAACCAAAUAAAUCUCAGUUGGAUAUUUACCUAAGCAAGACAUGUUAUAAGUGUCAAGGUGAUUCGGAAAAUUUUGAUGCUUUGGAUUGGUGGAAGGCGAAUGCUUUAAAGUACCCUAUCUUGUCUAGGAUGGCUCGUGAUAUACUAGUUAUUCCCAUCACUACGGUGGCUUCAGAGGCUACUUUCAGUGUCGGUAGUAGAGUUAUUGACACAUAUCGAUCUUCGUUGUCUCCCGAAACAGUGGAAAUGUUGCUAUGUGGAGCUGAUUGGUGUCGCAUUUUAAAUGGAGUGAAAAAAGGAAUCACGAUACAGAAGGAACCAGUGGAGAUUCAACUUCCGGAAGUUUGA